CAUCGAUCCAUCUCUCGAUGUAAGAUUAUCUAUCUAUCUAUCAAUCAAUCAACUUAUCUACAUACCCCUUUCAAUUUCAUCACAUACACACCUAUCUAGAGGACAUCCGCCUGACCAAGACACAGAGUGCCCGUCUCGAGCACCGCGCUCUUGACAUUCACUAACCGCCAUCCAGCACAACCAUGCCUCCCGUCCAAGCGGCUGGCGAUUUCCCCGGCAUCUCCAUUCUCGAGGUUCUGACUACAACCACCAAUCCACGCGACCUCACCCCCUCAUCCGACCCUGCCAUCGCGAACAGCAACAACAAUCUCCACCAGCUGCACGCCCGCGAUGACACCAAAUACAGCCCCGGCACGGGCACUGUGGAGCCGCACAACAUCAACAUGAAGGGCCUGAUGGCGCUCUUUGCCAUCAUCGGCGCGGCGUUCGUGCUCGCGGCGAUCUGGUUCUUCUUCUGGGCCAAGAACGGCGGGUUCGUGUGGCGCAAGGGCGACUGGGAGGAGUACAAAUCGACGGUGCUGCGGCGCAAGGGCCCGGACGGGCGCACGCUCAGCAACGCGACCAAAUCCACCAAGCUGGGCGGCGGCAGCAUCGUGCACCGCGCCUACAGCGACGGCGGCUACACCUACACCGAAACCGCGACGACUAUCACCGAGAAGACCGGGGCUGCCGGGGCUGCGACCACCGAGGAGCGCAAGCGGCGCCGCCGGCUGCGCGAGAAGUUCCGGCGGCGACGCAAGGACGACGAGAUGACGACCAACUGGGAGAACGAGGUCGACGAGGACGUCGCCGCCUACCGCAAGGAGAAGCCCGCGCGCGUCGGCGGCAUGAAUCGUGAAGGCGACGGCACCACCACGUACUAUGACGGCAGCGACUACGACCUGUCCAACCCGCCGAGCUACUGGCAGCAGCAGAGCGAGGUCAGCCAGGUCCGUGACUACGCGUAUGACCCGGUGCCGGAGCGCAAGAAGAGCAAACGUCGCGACUUCUCGUUUGUGGCGGGUAGUGAGGAGCUGUUGAGCCACGCGGAUGACGACCAUCAUCAUCAUCACCGCACCCUUCGCGAGCCCUCGACCCGGAGGCAUAAUCGUCGUCGCGAGCGGAGGAGAUACGCGCCCGGUGAGAGCGGCAGCACCAGUAGCCCCUCCCGCUCCUCCCGCCAGAGCAGUCCCCGCAAGCGCCCCUCGGUCACGGGCCACUACACCGAACCCUUGGACUUCACCUCCUCCGCCCCCUCGCGGUCCGAGUACCAGUACUCCAACGUCGACACGGAGGAUUCGGGUACGAAGAGCUACCACCAUCCAAUCCCCGGGCUGAGCAAGGGCUACCGUCGCGAAGGUGGUCGGGGUCGUCGUCGCGAUAGUCUGAGUGAGAGUGAUGGCGAGGAGACUCGGUACUCAAGACGUUAGCUGCAGUUGACCCGUUAGAUCUGCA